UGCCCCCGGGCGCGGGAGCCAGGACCUGAUGCUGUCAGUGCCAGCGUGAGCUCAGCUGGUCGCAGAGGGCAAGGACGGCUGCAGGAGCUUGCUGAGAGACCCCGAGGUUGGAAGCAGGAACCCGCGAGGCGGGUAAUGCUGGGGGCUCAUCCACCGCGGACACCCAGAUACUCAGGACAGCACUAUGGGGGACUUGCAGGAGGACUACGAAGAAGGGCUGGAGGAGAUUCUAGAGGAAGGAGAAUAUGAAGACCCAGGGGUGUCCAUGCCCCAGGUGGAGGAGCCGUCUGCCUCUCCCUUCGAGCCGGCGCCCACAGACUACCAUACCACCACAUCGAGCCCGGGCACCCACGAGCUCUAUGUGGAGCUGCAGGAACUGGUGAUGGAUGAGCGGAACCAGGAGCUGAGAUGGAUGGAGGCAGCGCACUGGGUGCGCCUGGAGGAGAACCUGGGCCGCGACGGGGCCUGGGGCCGCCCGCACCUGUCCUACCUCACCUUCUGGAGCCUCCUGGAGCUGCAAAGAGUCUUCGUCAAGGGCAGCUUCCUCUUGGAUCUUGCUGAGAGCUCCCUGGCCGGAGUCGCCAACCAGCUUCUGGACAGGUUCAUCUAUGAGGAGCAGAUCCGGCCUCAGGACCGAGACGAGCUGCUCCGGGCACUGCUACUCAAACACAGCCAUGCUGGGGAUCUGGAGGCUCUGGGGGGUGUGAAGCCUGUGGUCCUGACCCGCUCUGGGGACCCCUCACAACCUCUUCUCCCCCAAGAGGCUUCAUUGGAGACGCAGCUCUUCUGUGUCCAGGGAGAGGCGCCCGCACCAUCAGGAAUCCUAGAAAAGAUCCCCCCGGAUUCGGAGGCCACUGUGGUGCUAGUAGGUCGUGCCACCUUUCUGGAGCGGCCGGUGCUGGGCUUCGUGCGGCUGCAAGAGGCAGCACCACUGGAGGCCUUGGAGCUGCCCGUGCCUGUACGCUUCCUGCUCGUGUUGCUGGGGCCCGAGGCCCCCCACACUGACUAUACUCAGCUGGGCCGGGCCGCCGCCACCCUCAUGUCAGAGAGGGUGUUCCGCACCAGGGCCUACCUGGCCCAGAGCCCGGGGGAGCUGGUGCAUUGCCUGGAGGGCUUCUUGGACUGCAGCCUGGUGCUGCCUCCUACGGACUUGCCCUCCGAGCAGGCCCUGCUGAGCCUGGUGCCCGUGCAGCAAGAACUGCUCCGAAGACGCUACCUACCCAGCCCUGCCAAGCCGGACCCUAGCUUCUACAAGGGCCUAGACCUGAAUGGGGGUUCCGGGGUGCCUGGCAGCCCAGAGGACCCUCUGCAGCGGACAGGCCGGCUCUUCGGGGGUCUGGUGCGUGAUAUCCGGCGCCGCUACCCAUACUACCUGAGCGACAUCACGGACGCACUUAGCCCUCAGGUGUUGGCUGCUGUCAUCUUCAUCUACUUUGCUGCCCUGUCACCUGCCAUCACCUUCGGCGGCCUCCUGGGAGAAAAGACCCGGAACCAGAUGGGGGUAUCAGAGCUGCUCAUCUCCACGGCAAUGCAGGGCAUCCUUUUCGCCCUCCUGGCGGCUCAGCCCCUGCUGGUGUUGGGCUUCUCAGGACCCCUGCUGGUGUUUGAGGAAGCCUUCUAUAUGUUCUGUGAGAGCAAUAACCUGGAGUACAUCGUGGGCCGGGCGUGGAUUGGCUUCUGGCUCAUCCUGCUGGUGCUGCUGGUGGUGGCCUUCGAGGGCAGCUUCCUGGUCCGCUUCAUCUCACGCUACACCCAGGAGAUCUUCUCCUUCCUCAUCUCCCUCAUCUUCAUUUUUGAAACCUUCUCCAAGCUGAUCAAGAUCUUCCAGGACCACCCGCUGCAGGCACAGUACAACUUCAGUGUAUCCACGAAGCCCAAACCACAGGGCCCUCUACCCAACACUGCCCUCCUCUCUCUUGUGCUCAUGGCCGGGACCUUCUUCUUUGCCAUGAUGCUGCGCAAGUUCAAGAACAGCUCCUACUUUCCUGGCAAGCUGCGUCGGGUCAUCGGCGACUUUGGGGUCCCCAUCUCAAUCCUCAUCAUGGUGCUGGUGGACUCCUUCAUUCAGGAUACCUACACUCAGAAACUCUCGGUGCCCAGUGGCCUCCAGGUGUCCAACUCUUCGGCCCGUGGCUGGGUCAUCCACCCGUUGGGCCUAUUCUCCCCCUUCCCACUUUGGAUGAUGUUUGGGGCAGCCCUGCCAGCCGUGCUUGUCUUCAUCCUCAUAUUCCUGGAGUCUCAGAUUACCACGCUGAUCGUCAGCAAACCAGAACGCAAGAUGAUCAAGGGUUCUGGCUUCCACCUGGACCUGCUGCUGGUGGUGGGCAUGGGUGGAGUGGCUGCCAUCUUCGGGAUGCCCUGGCUCAGCGCGACCACUGUGCGCUCUGUCACCCACGCCAAUGCCCUCACUGUCAUGGGCAAGGCGAGCAGCCCAGGGGCUGCGGCCCAGAUCCAGGAGGUCAAAGAGCAGCGGAUCAGUGGGCUCCUUGUGUCCCUGCUUGUGGGCCUGUCCAUCCUCAUGGAGCCCAUCCUGUCCCGCAUCCCACUUGCUGUACUCUUUGGAAUCUUCCUGUACAUGGGGGUCACGUCCCUCAGCGGCAUACAGCUCUUUGAUCGCAUCUUGCUUCUGCUCAAGCCUGCCAAGUACCACCCGGAUGUGCCCUUCGUCAAGCGGGUGAAGACCUGGCGUAUGCAUUUGUUCACGGGCAUCCAAGUAAUCUGCUUGGCUUUGCUGUGGGUUGUGAAGUCCACUCCCGCUUCGCUGGCCCUGCCCUUCGUCCUCAUCCUCACUGUGCCCCUGCGCCGCUUUCUGCUGCCCCUUAUCUUCAGCAACCUGGAGCUCCAGUGUUUGGACGCUGAUGACUCCAAGGCCACCUUUGACGAGGAAGAAGGUCGGGACGAGUAUGAUGAAGUGGCCAUGCCUGUGUGAGCGGCCACCUUAGACCCCACAUGGCUUCCUCCAACCUCAGCAACUUUUAUUCGCCCACCUGCCAGGAAAGCACAAGUUUAUGGGCACCUCAUGGACUCCCAGGCUCCUCCUGAGAAAUGACUGUGGUCCUAAGGGUAGGGGUGGGAUGGGAGGAGGGAGAUGGGUUCCUAAGAAAGGGCCACAGGAAGUAGGCUGACUGCUGGCUGGACCAAGGAGGCCCACAGAAGGGAACUUGGUCCACAGUCCCCCCAAUGCCAUGCUACCACAUGGGGGUUGCUAGUGGAAGCCUGAGAUCUGAGCUGUGUCCCUUCAUGGCACACAGAGGGGCUACUUAGGGUGGGGGGAGGGUGGGGCUCCAGCUUGCUAUAUGACCCUGGGCAUGUCUUUGGCACUCCCCACCCCUACUUCUUCUUCCAUAACAUGGGUUGUGAAUAACAGCAUCCAUAGGACAGAGUGAUCACCAAGCACAAUUAAGUGGUGGAGGUUGGAGAGAAGGCUUUGUUAACUGAAAAGACAGUAGUCACCAAGCCUGCCCAAAGCCACACAGCUCCAGCGCCAGGUCCCUGAUGGUCACCUGCCGCCCCAGGCCCAGGGUGCCCCAAUGACCUGUUUACCCUCUCUUCCCAAGUCCAGGCUGAAGCCCUCUGGGGUUGCAGAGAGCUGUUCCUGGGGAGGGCAGGCUGUGGGUGAGGACCAGGUGUGGGGCAGGGUCUACCGGACUCUGGCUCCUUCACCUGAGCACUCCUUCAUUCUAUAAACAUGUCCUGAAGGCCCUGAACCCUGUGGGCUCUGAGCGGACUGAGCUGGACCCCACCUGGGGUGGGCCUAGUGGAGCACUGCAUAGGUUGUUCUAGAAUAGGGGAGGGGGAGGGAUGGACAGGAGGAGGAGAGGGUUGUAAUUUAUUGUGUAUUUUCUAAAGGCUUUCAUUAUACUUUAGCUGCACACAGGCUCCCAGACCCUCCCCCGACCACAAUAAGAGAGCGACUGUCCCCAACCCCCUCCAAACCCAGUCCUGGGGAGAACCCAGCUGUGACAAAUGGGGAAGGAGACAGCAGGCUCUCUAAAAUGUAGAGGGGGGAAAAAAUCUAUUUUUUUUAUAAAACAAAAAUAUAAAAAGUUGCAAGAACUGGGAGUAGUGAGGGAUAAAAGGAACUAAAAAUCUAGAGGGACCACAAAGAAAGGAGGUGGCGACGAGGCUCUUAGGGCAG